ACAAGGCAAACAGUGAAAUUUUUAGUGUCGGAAUGCCAAAGAAAAAAGGAGGUGCAGAAAAAGAUAAGAAGGUCAGAAAAAAAUGUUAUAUGAACGAGAGGGAGACGUUGUUUUAUGAACAACAAAUUCUUGAUAAUAACAGACAAUUAGCGCGAUUACGAUCGCGCAAUGAGGAACUCGAGGAUACUGUCGAGGAAUUAAAAGAAAAAUUGCGUCAAUUAGAGGAAGACCGUUCAGACGUGGUAGCUCAUUUGAAACGUGUGCUCCAGUUAAAGACUGAAGAAGCUCGUGAAUUGAAUGAACGGUUAUUGGCUUUGGAAGAAUUACGGAAAGAGGAACAAAUUGCGAAUAAGAAGAAAGAAGAGGCGAUGGAAUUGGAAUAUCAUACUAUGGAGAGUAAUUUGUCAGCUGAAUUGAAACUUGCAGCUGGUAAACUAAACGCAUUAGAAGAUUGGAGAGCGGCUCGACUUGAUUUAAUGAACAAAUUUGAAGUACAAGAGGAACAAAUGGCAGAACAAGAAGAGCGACAUAAAAAAGCGCUUUACGAUGCAGAAAAAGCUUUGAUUAUCGGCAAGGCUAAGAUGAAAAAAGAAAUGGAGGAACGUCUAAAUGAACUGGCUCAAAGCUUUAGAGAAGCUACGAACAUUCGUAUAGCCGAUGCUACUCAUCGUGCGAUUAGAGAAAAUAUAGCUCUUAAUAAAGAACUCGACGCGAUGCUCAACGUUUGCCAUGACUUGGAGUCAAAAACUAAGGAAUACAAAGAACGAGAUCGUAUGUUGCGACUACAAGCAUCUCUUUUUGAAAACGAAGCGAAAAUGGCACUUGCUAAGACGAUCAAGCAAAAUAGUUUGAUUGAUAAGCUCGCAGAAGAGCAUAGGAAUAUGACUUUGAAUUAUGGGAAAGUGUGUCGGGAAGACACUUGGGCUCGCAAUAACGAACAGAUCAUACAAGAUUACAAGAACAAGUGUGCAGAUAUUGAGAAUAAAAUAAGAAUUCUUGAGCAGCACAUACAACAGACCAAAGAGAGCAAAGAACAAGUCCUGAAAGAAAUACGCGGCAGUUCUCAGGAAAUUCAAAGACUCAAUAGAGUUUUGAAUGAGGCUAGAAGAUGCAUCAUGGAAGCUUUACAGCUUCAGGCAGCGGUUCAGGAAGAAGAUGUUUGUACCAUGUGCUAUCCUAAUGUCAAGGAGAAGCUUUUGCAUUCCCUCUUAGACAUUUUAGGAAGGCAGGACUGUCCGUCACUCCCGGAAAGUCGGAGUCCUUCUCAAGUGGAAAGUGUGGACAGUAAAUAUACGUAUGGCAAUCUGGGUUUAGUACCAAACACAAGACCCUGGAUUACAAUGGAGCAGGAGUUACUACAUGAAUCAGAAAAAGAGGACAAAUGUUAUCUAUCUGAGGAUGGCAAAACCGAACGUACGGAAUUCUCGAAUGAAAUGAAAAUUCAAGAAAACGAGAAAACAGACACAGUACCAGAAUGUUUGUUAGAAGACACAGAGAGCUCAGAUAUUCUGUCUCCACGUGAAACGGAAUCCGAUCAAUCCGACCAUUAAAAUUACAUUUUCUAAAAAACUGUUAUAUUAUUAUCAUUAUUAUAUAUUAUUUUGUUUAUUGAUGUAAUUAAGUUUAUUCAUGUCGUUGCACUGAUUGCAAGGAUACAAAGAGUGUGUACUUUUAUUGUAGUUGUCUAUAAUAUAUGUAUAGAUCUAAGCAGAAUACAUAUUUUUUAUAUUUCCACACCAGUGCGAAUGAAGCAUACAAAACAGUUGAUUUGUAAAAGAGAAUAAAACAAAAAUCAAGACAA